AUGAUGUCCAACGAAAAGAACCCAGAAAAACCACCAGAGGUCCCAGUCGACGAAGAGGUCGGUCGAAAAAGAGCAACUGGAAAAGCAAAGGUGUUGGCAGCCAGCCCUGUGCUGCCAGAGCACAAGAAUGCCGGAAGACGCCGGCUGCCCGCGGGUAGCACGGAUGAGGAUGCUGAGGUGUUGCGGCUCUUCACCACGAAGCGGCACAAGGUGGUGCGCAGCGAGGCCCGCGAGUCCGCGCCACGGGACGGCCCUGUGGGGAAGCUGCGGCAGGGCUGUCCAGCCACGCCGAAUGUGGCACCACCAGGUGUUCAACAAGUGCCUCACCAGUUGCGGCACCUCCGCGAAUCGGAGAUCGCGGAGAGCGUGACACCGCAGGACCCGCGGAUGCAGCUGGCACCCGUGGAGCCGGGAGAGGUUAUCAGCCCUUUGGACCGAAUGGCCAUGAUCCCCAUGAUGUUUCGUUCAAAGCCAUAG